AUGUCUUCCCCAGCACAGAACGGAUCUGAUCCAAACAAUACCUCCUCUGCCCCCGAGCGUUCGUCCCAAGGCAUGAAAGACUCGAAGAAUCUACCUCUACCGAUGGAGCGGUACCUUAACGAUGCCACGACUUCUGUCCCACAAUUUAAAGCCUCGAAUUCCUCACCCGAGCAUAACGACAUGGCCGAAGUCAAGGCUAGGGCCCAGCGCAUGAAGCGCAUCCUAGAGGGACAUAAGGUGUAA